AUGGACCAGCCAAAGACAGAAGGGAGUUACAAAGUCGACCAGUAUGCCGAAGCAAAGGAGCUCUCUCCGAGAUCGUCUCGUCCGUGCCAUCGCCGGACCUCCUCGCAUCCCGAUGAGCCGUUCGAGGCAACCGUACGACCAACGACGCGCGAUCAACGGCGCGACAACGAGCCGCCCAGCACCGCUGCACCGGCUCCGACACCAGUUCCAGCGCUGCCAUCCGGACCGCGACGACCAGCAGUGGCGCGCCAAAGGACGACACGCUCCCGCCAGGAAUGGCUGUACGUCGAGGCACCACCAGCCACCGACAACGGGCGGAGCAUAUUGCUCGCCACGUUUGGGUCCACGUUAUCGGACCUAGACGAUGACGACGACGACAACGGUGAGCCAGCCACCGCGCCGGAGGAGCGUACCUCCGCGCCGAUGCCUGACAUCGCGUUGUUGCGCAUCACAGGGCCCGGCACCACCGCCCCACCGGUACCAAGCAGAGGGACCACGCCAGCCGGACCACCGCCAGCGACAAUACCGGAGCCCGCGCCGCCACUCUCUGUUACUGAGGCGCACCAGCAGGCCGUCGCAGUGCCUCCACCACCGGCCUAG